CAACAACAUCGCAUCGCAUAGGAUUUAAAACUUCGCUAGUCCGCCCCUUCACGUUUGAAUAGAUAAAAUCAACCAAACCAAAGCUCUCGAACGUUACCAUCUCUCUCUCUCUCUCUCAAGCAUUUCUACCAUUUCUGAGCGUUGCAACAGUUCACUCUGCAAACCCUCUUCUCGGAUCUGCAAAUGCCUACCGCUUGGAUCUUCGAUCCUUUGCUAAGGAGGACUACUGGCCCUACAAGGCGUUCUACAAAGGGGCAAUGGACAUCAGAGGAGGAUGAUAUCUUACAGAACGCUGUUGAGAGAUUUAAAGGAAAAAAUUGGAAAAAAAUUGCGGAAUGUUUCAAGGAUAGAACUGAUGUGCAAUGCCUACAUAGGUGGCAGAAAGUUUUAAAUCCUGAACUUGUUAAAGGUCCAUGGUCUAAAGAGGAAGAUGAAAUAAUUAUUGAAUUGGUGAAGAAACAUGGGCCUAAAAAGUGGUCAACUAUUGCACAACAUUUACCUGGACGUAUUGGUAAGCAAUGUCGAGAAAGGUGGGUUAAUCAUCUUGAUCCUACUAUUAAAAAGGAAGCAUGGACUCGGGAAGAGGAGUUGGCUUUAAUACAUUAUCAUCAGAUUUUUGGGAACAAAUGGGCCGAAUUGUCAAAGGUCAUUCCUGGAAGGACAGACAAUGCUAUUAAAAAUCACUGGAACAGUUCUGUCAAAAAGAAAUUGGAUUCUUAUUUGGCAUCAGGUCUGCUUACUCAGUUCGAAUCUAUACCUCCUCAUGCUGGAAAUUUGAAUCAACCAAUAAGAUUGCAGUGUAGUGGAGAUGAUAAUGGUUCCAAGUGGACUGAAGGAGAGGAAAUUUCAGAUUACAGCCAAGGUUCAGCUAAUGCUGUUUACUUUCCAUCUGCUACAGGGACUAGCAGUGCUGACUUACAAACUGGAGAGGCAUAUAGGAAAAAUGAAGAAUGUAGUCUUGGAAAGGAUCAUUGUCCGAAUCAAGUAUCUUGUUCAGAGCCAUAUUACGUAUCAAAUGAUGAUGUUUCUAUAUGCAUCCCAGAAAUUGCUCACCAAGAGGCUUGCACUUCUCAAUUUGUUGAGCAACAGUCACAUGAACCUGGAAAUUCCAUUUGUGGGGAUUGUCAAUUCAAUUUUCAAUCCUCACCCAAUGUUUCAUCAAUGGUCUUGGGGCAGGAAUCGUCGGAGUUGCAAAGAGAUUUUAUAGCUCCUAGUGAAAUCUGUGACAUGGUGAAUGUUCCAUUUCCGACUUCAGUGGAGUUAGGUGUUUCAACGUCCAUGGGAACUGCAUCUAUGGAUUCUCUAAAACCAGAGCACAUGUUGAUAUCUGAUGAUGAAUGUUGUAGAGUCCUGUUUUCAGACGCAAUGAAUGAUGGGUGUUUUCCUCCUGUAGAUUAUAAUAAAAGUGAAGAUAUAGCUGAAUUUUCUGGAUACUGUUCAUUUUGUCGAUCUUGUAAUAUCCAGAUAUCCGAAACUGGUGGAACCUCAACUGCAAAGCUAACUUGUCCUCAGUGUUCUAAUAAUUAUAAAGGAAUUUCAUCCUCCCAAUCUGUCCCUCCAGUACUUUCCAUUAGAGAUGAUAGGUUGGGCCCUAGUGCCAACAGCAAUCAAUUAUUUGUGACGGAGGAUCACCACUUUGUCUCCAGAGCAUCUGCUAACUUCACUUAUCUGAACGACAUAUCCUGUUCUCCUUGUGUUGAUGGUAUAGGUAGUGCAGUAAUGGAAAAAACAAAUGUGCAUACAGAAAAGGAGGACUCAGGAUCUCUAUGUUAUGAACCUCCCCGCUUUCCAAGUUUGGAUAUUCCUUUCUUCAGCUGUGAUCUUGUACAAUCUGGGAGUGAUAUGCAGCAAGAGUUUAGUCCCUUGGGUAUCCGCCAGUUUAUGAUGUCAUCUAUGAACUGUCUUACUCCUUUCAGGUUGUGGGACUCGCCCUCUCGUGAUGAUAAUCCAGAUGCAUUGUUAAAAAGUGCUGCUAAAACUUUUACAGGUACACCAUCCAUAUUAAAGAAAAGAUCCCGAGAUUUGUUGUCACCACUCUCAGAUAAAAGAAUGGAUAAGAAACUUGAGACUGACAUAACAUCUUCUAUGUUUACCAGAAACUUUUCCAGUUUGGAUGUCACAUUUGGUGACAAUGAGACUCGAAAAGCAGAUAUGCCUUCAUCUUCAUUGCAAACACAGAACAGCAGGGCAUCUGUUGAUGAUGAUAAUAAAGAAAAUUGUGGACAAACUUAUAAAGGGGAACAAGUAUUGGAGCCAAUUAAAUCUGCAAUUUUGGAUGAAAAGAACUCUCAGAAAGGUACUGUUGAUGGUAAUUCUCAGCAUAAUGUCAAGCAACAACCUCUUGAUUCUAAAAUGAAGAUUAAUGCAGCUGCUGGGAUUGAGCAACAACAAUCUGGAGUUUUGGUUGAACAUGAUGUGAAUGACCUGUCACUGUCUUCUCCUGAUCAAGUUGGUUUAAAUUCAGACAGAGGUCUGGAUUCAAGUGCUAAAACUCCAAAAAGCUUGAACAAGUCCUUGGAAGCAGCUUCAAAUCAGAGUGGCCAUUUGAAAUUAUCUUCCAAAAGUCCAUGCCCAAGGGUUAAUUCUUGUUCUCCUUGUGUUCGUGCUAAGGAGCAUGAAGGACUUUCAGUUGCUGUUACUCGUGUACAAGCUCCAGGAGACAAUUCUGGGGAACAAACCAGAAGAGAUGGUGGUUUUGAAACAAGUAGCAUCUUCGGUGGAACACCUUCUGCAUGGAAAUCCCCUUGGUUCUUCAACACUUUUCUAUCUAGCCCCAGACUUGAUACCGAAAUUCUAAUUGAGGAUUUUGGGUAUUUUAUGAGUCCAGGUGAUAGAAGCUAUGAUGCUCUCGGGUGGUUGAAACAGGUCAGUGAUCAAACUGCUGCCACAUAUGCCAAUGCUCAGGAGAUUCUAGCAAAUGGAACUCCUAAGGCAUUACCGAAAGAUGCAUCUGAAAACGACAAGGAUAGGGACCAUGAAAAUAAUUACCCUGCCAAUCAGCCUGGGAACCAUUCUCAGUUGGCUUCAAAUGCUUUGAUAGAGCGACGAACACUUGACUUUAGUGAAUGUGAAACACCAGGCAGGGGUGAUAACAGCAAAUCCUCAGCUAUGAGCUUCUCAAGCCCUUCUUCGUACUUGAUGAAAGGUUGUAGAUGAUUGUCAAAUAUGGCUAAAACCUGUUGUUAGAGUUUGCUGAGUUAUGAAUAUAUGUACAGUAUACCAUUUUUAUGAAUAGUUUUUUGUAUGAAGCACCUCGGCAAUCAAAGCUGAUUGAAUUAAAAAUGUUCCUUUCAUCCAUUUGAUGCAUCCUUAAUAAGCGAAUUACAAUGAUUCGAGAUGAUUUA